CUCCGUUCCAGACUUCAAGUUUUUACCAUGUGAACUUUUGAAGACGAAGUAGAAGGAGAAGUAGAAGGAUGAACUGAAAGAGCUCUGCUUCUUUUUCUCUCUCGUUGCAUGCGUUUCUGUUUUUUUCUUUCUGCGAUGUUUCUCAAAGCUUCUGUUUUCUAGGCACGAUUUGAUGGUGUUGGGCUACUUUUCUCUGUGAUUUUUCUGCGGAAUUAAAAAAUGUUCCGGUGAAUAUAUGAGAAAUGUUUGAUUGGAACGACGAAGAGCUAGCCAAUAUAAUAUGGGGUGAUGCUACUGAGAGUGAUGAUCAUAUUGUGCCUUUCCCAGAGGGAAGUGACGAUCUUUGCAACAAGAAAGAAUGGAAUCAGGAAGCUGCUGGCGUUACACUUGCUGAACAGAAGAAACCAGAGACAAAUAUUGAUUUUCAUGGCAAAAAGAUAGGAAGCUGUUCAAACAAUGAUAACAGUAAAGGAGCAUCUGAUGCAGGAUAUGGCAAAAGCUCCUGGCCUGACUCAUCGUUAUCUAGUGCAGCCAAGACUGAUCAGGGUACGCUGGGAACUGAAGUAUCUAAAAGUUUAAGUGAAAUAAGCAAGCACAGCUCAUCAAAAGAAGAGGUUGCUCGACCAGAUAAGGAUGUUGAAUAUUUACAGAAUGAACACCAGGGGAAAGAACAAGGAGACUUAAUUGACUAUGGUUGGGCUAAUAUAGGAAGUUUUGAUGACCUCGAUCUCAUUUUCAGCAAUGAUGACCCUAUUUUUAGCCACGUAAAUAUUGAUAAUGGUGAUGAGCUGUGGUCUUCAAAAGAUGAGAGUAACGGCCCUGCACCUAUAUCAGUGGACACAAAACCACCAGGUGGUUUAAGUAACAGAUUUGAACCUUCAGAAAUUAAAGUAGAGUCUGUUCAGUGUGAUGAUGAUCAAUCAUAUGCUCUCUGUUAUGACAAAAUCACUGGUCCUGUAUCCCAAGAUACACAAAAUGCACCUGACAUUGCUGUUGAUGUGGGAUAUGCUGGGAUUAGAAGCAAGCUUACUGUAAAGGAGCGGCUGGCAAAUCAUGAGACGGGAGGAACAAUCACUUCUGUGGCCUCUGGUUUAGCUUCUGAAAAUGUUGGAACAGCAAAUGAACUUACUAAUAAGGCUUUUGAGCAGAAGAAUCUGUUGAAAGCCCAGAAAAAAUCACAGGGGGAACAAGAGGAAAAAGUAUUGGAGAACUAUGGAAGUUGGUCCCCUUCAACAAGUUCAUUGAGACAAUUUGAAAGUCAACUAGCACCUUCUGCCACACAAUCUUCUCCCUCUCCAAUUUUAGGGCAACAGAAGCAGCUUCAAGGAGCUGAAACAUUAUACCAGAACAUCAUGAGUCCAUACGUGGCAUCUCCUGUCAAUGAAAAUCUUACUAAUACAUAUAUGCCGUUACUUUCACAGGCCCAGUCAGAAGAUCUUAGGCAUCAAGCUCUACUUUCUGGAUAUGAAGUGUCUUCUGAUAUAGUGAAUCCUGCUGACUCAGUCAAGCCUCUGGCCAUGACUCCUCAGGAAAAAAUUGAAAAGUUAAGGAGGCGGCAGCAAUUGCAGGCAAUGCUUGCUAUUCAGAAACAACAACAACAAUUAGGCCAUCAAGUUCUUAGCAACAAUGAAUCCAUCGCUCAGAAAUCUCCUUUAGAAAUGCAAAGUCAUUCCUUUGAUGGGACUGAUGCUCGAAUUGAAGAUCUAAUCAGUCUUCCUGCACCUGGCCAUCCUCCGGAACAAGAUGAUUCCAAUACAAUGUCUGUGCCGGAUGAUGAUUAUUUUGAUGAAGAUGCAAUAAUAUACAGGCUUCAGGAUAUCAUAUCAAAGUUAGACAUCCAAAUAAGGCUUUGCAUCAGAGAUAGCUUGUUCCGGUUGGCACAAAGUGCAAUGCAAAGGCAUCAUGCUAGUGAUACAAGUAGUACGAACAAAAGUAGCAAAGAAGAACUAGAAGUUGUUGCAAGAGAGGAAAGCAAUUUCUCGGACAGAAGUACCACGAUAUCCAAUGCUGAAACAGAAACGAAUCCUAUCGAUCGAACUGUGGCUCAUUUGCUCUUUCAUAGGCCUCUUGAAUUGAGAGGAAAUCAUCGUGACAAAUUGAAGUCACCUCUUUCUGCCAACAUGCAAUGUGAAAACAAGUCAACUAACCUGGAAAACUUGCCUUUGGAGUGCUUGCUAGAUGAGGAUUUGAAAAGUAAUCAACCAUUUUCUCUCCAAGGGUUUAAAAAUUCUAGCUCAAUGUUUGAGGCCCCGCCUAUGGAACAGCUUAAGAAAAGUCCUUGCGUUGACACAUCUGAAAAUGCAUCCACCAAUAAGGCCGCUGAUGUUGGGGUUCAGGAGCUUGAAGCUUCUCAAUGAUGAAAGAGGUUCUCAAUAAGUACUGAGGGUAAUACCUUCCUAUAUGACUUCUCUACUUGUUGAUAUGCUUCUCAAACGCAAUUAUGUAUGAAUUUACUGGUAAUGCAAAUGUUCUCUUUUAUUGGCAGCUAUCUUGUUCUUAAUCUAGCGCAAGUGUUGAGGACUAUCAUCGUAAAAGAAUCCCAAGUACCAGUGUCAUGCAUGUACAAUUUAAGUCUCAAUAAUAUCUAUGUUGCCUCUGUUUUAAAACCAUGACUAGUGUGUAUCAUCCAAACGUCUGUUGCUAUGCUGUCAUAACUUUACAUGAAUGUGUCCAGUGGUAAAACCACUCGAAUGUCAGAUUGGUCAAGUCUUGGCCUGACUGAUGUAGACCAAGUUUUAAGACUGAUGUAAGAUUUUAUUUACGCGACUUGGAUAGCAUUUUCCAGUGA